AUGCUGGACCUGAGACAGCUAGAGGCCUUCUCCAUCACCGGCUCCUCUCAUAAGAAAGUGUCCUGCCUCCCGGCUCAAAGCGAGCGACGCAGGAAGCACCUCAGCCUGCAAGGGGCCUCGGCCCUAGACAGCCCUCUGGCCCCUGAGCCCUCCAGUCGGCCCCGGCGUCGCUGGUCCUGUCGUAUGGGUUCUCUGGAACUCAUGGUCAAGUCUAUGCUGGACCUGAGACAGCUAGAGGCCUUCUCCAUCACCGGCUCCUCUCAUAAGAAAGGUCCUGCCUCCCGGCUCAAAGCGAGCGACGCAGGAAGCACCUCCAGCCUGCAAGGGGCCUCGGACUUGGAGGAGCGGGUUAAGAGACGUCACUAUGCUGCCUGGCUGACCCCUAACCCCAACCCUGACUCUGACCUGGGCUCCCAGGGGUCUGAUGGACGUGUGCUGUACCCCGAGGGUAGCGAUUACGCUGCCAGACGACGGGGCAGUGAUUACCUGGUGAAGGAGUCGCCCCGCAGCCUGAGUAGGGGGAACCGUGGGCCGGAGAGCCAGGACAGCCAGAGCCCAGACAGUGCCUGUUCUGCGGGCUAUGGGAGUAGAGAGCUUACUCCUGACCCGGAUCAUGGAGACUCUGAGGGCACAGCAGAGCCUCUAAGCUCAGACGAGGACAGUUCUGACCUGGAGGAGGAAGAGGAUGAGGAGGAGGAGAGGAAGAUGGAAGUGUCUAGUAUGGAUGAGGCGAUGAGGAAAGUCUCUGACCCUCUAGAAGACAGUCACCAUCAGGCCUUCCUCAGACACCACUUUGAAACACUGGCUGAGCCCAGCAAUAUGGAAGAGCGCAGCAGAGCUCCCAGCAUCAGUAUGUCAGCGRGAUUCCUGGCCAGAGGCUCCUACAACAGGAGAACCCCUCUGUUUUCCAAGGCCCAUGAGAGGGAGCAGGGGCCCUUGGUGUCCAAGGUGAGGCCACUGAUGGAGGGGGGCCAGGGGAAGGGCCACGAAGACAGGGAGAGGCCCAUGACCCCUGCGAGAGGGCAGGAGGGGACAAAACUGGAUGUGUGUGCUCCAGAAAGGGGCACCGUGCUGCGUUCCCAUCCCCAGAAGAAGAGGCCUCUUGGGGCUCAUCUGUGGAGGAUGUCAAGCCCUCUGGCCAGAGCUCCAGCCCUGCUGGACAGAGCAGCUGGACUACACAAGACCCAGUCUGUACAGAACCUGGCCACAGAGGUCCCCCGCUCCCUAAACCCCUCCAGUGGUAGAGGAGAGAUGUGCCCUCGCCCCCAGCACCUCCCCUUCGAUAUACACCCUUCCAAAGCCCACUCCUGCCUCCCUUCUCCCUCCUCUACCUCUUCUACCCCACCUCUUGUCUCCUGCCUGCCCUCGGAAAUCCCCAAGCUCAGAUCCCCCUGCGACUACAUGAGUCCCACCACCAGCUCCAUGGCCAAGACCAGCCACUCUGCAUCCCUGGCAGAGGGCCUCCAUCUGGGCUUACUGCCUUGCCAUGCUUCCCUAACACCACAAGGCCUGGAGGAUGGUAGUGGAGYGAGUAGAAACACACCUAACAGCCCCAAGAGCAGGAAGCCUUUUUGUGGGCUACUGGAGGCUGAACCACCUCGCCUCACUUCCUCCUCUCCUUGUUUCCCCUCUUCCCACUCUCUCUGUUCCCGRUCCUCUUCUCUCUCUUCCCCUUCUCCCUGUCUUCUCCCUGGCCCCUCCCCUUCUCCUCCAUGUGCGACAGUCUCGCCCAAUCCCAGCUUGGCGUUGCCCCUGAGCACCCAGCCCUCCCGCAUUCCCCUGCCCAGCAAACAGCCACUCAGCCCUCGGUGCAGCCUCUGCCCGGAGACCAAACCUCAACCUGAUUGGACUGUUUCCCCGAUGAGAGACCUUGCCCUCGGGAAACAACACCAAACCUUCGGUAAACGCCUCUCCCUGACUACGGCCCAAAUGCAAGGGCUUCUGGGUAACGUCCAGCUGGUGUCCGUCUCACCUACCRCACUUCCUAUAAAGCACUCAGAGAGUGCUCCAGACUUGGAGGAGGCGGUGUGUAGAGAGCCCCUUCUAGUGUCGGUCCAGGCCAACACCUUGACCUCCGACCCCCAGCCAGAUCCCGCUGUCACUGUGGAAAUCUGUAGACAGGCUAUAGCAGAGCUGCACAACAGUGUGAGGAGAGCCACCCAGCUCUAUACUACGGUGCUGAGCAGUGGGUCAGAGGUCAAUGCAGAGCAGCAGGAGAUGGAGACGGUUCUGGUUGAGGCUCUGGGAACAGUGAAGACUGAGCUAGACUCCCUACCUCACCUUGUACAUAGAAGUAAAGGGCUCAGGGGGGAGGUAGCAAUGAGAGGGGAGGUAGGGGUCAUAGGUGAGGGGGACAGGACAUUGGCUCUCCUGCAGCAGUAUUCUGAGCUCUUACUAAAGUCAGUGGAGAAGAGGCUGGACAACAAGAUCUAAAAAGGAGA